AUGGCAAACGGUCCACCAACACGUAAUUUGUUGCGCAUUGUGUUGGACAAUUUUCUGAAAUCGUUUCGACCCCGCCAGAUAAAAGGAAAUUACGUUGGAGAGGAUUAUUUUGGCAAUAAAUAUUAUGAAAUUCCUCCCGAUCCAUCCGUUGGACGACGACGUGCAUCCCGCUGGUUCGAACCUACUGCUAAAGAAGCAUACGAUCAAGAGAUUACUGCCGAGUGGGAAGCUUGGCUGCGCGGUAGAAGGAAGGAACCACCGACAGAGCAGGAACUAUUAAAAAAUUUGGCUAUUAUGAAAAUGAAGGAGCGUAACGCAGCUGAACUGGAAGCAAAGUAUAGCAAACCGAAAGAUGCAGUGGCGCUAGAGCAACAAAAAACUGGAAUGGGAUCGUUCCCUCAGUACGACGAGUACGAAGUGAUGCCUGGGAAAGGAAAACACGACAAAUAG